AUGACUAUAACCAGCACAUUAAGUCACCAAAAUGAUGGUGCAGAACAAAAUACAAGAGCACAAAUUGAUUCUGCCUCAUUGAGCAAAAGAAUCAACACCAGAUGUUCUAGAACAACACCUCUCUUGAAUGCUUUAAGUUACAUAGGUAAGAAGAAGAAAAUAAUGGAAGGAGAUGUUUGUCAUAAAUCACAAGAGAACAAAAGAACUAUCAACCAACAGUUGAUAAAUUUGGGCAUUUUUAUAAGACAUACUGAAACUAAGGUGUUAAAUCCUUUAUUUACGCAUUCCACUUCGACUUUGUUUCAUAUUAAUCCUUUUAAAAUGAACGACACAUCACUGCGAACCAACACGGAACAAUCUCUGGAAACAGAUCCAAGCCCGCUUGCAAACAACCACGUUUCUAAUUCAAGUUCAACCCAUAUAUAUAUAUAUCCAAGACUGUCACAUCAGCGUACAACAAGUUUUAACGUUGUCCCAAUGUAUGCAUAUGCAUGGUCUAUGUCUAUGUGGACGAUCGACAAAUCGAAAAACAGUCAGAAAGAGCGACAUGCUGUUGCAAUGGCCUCAACUACACCGGAAUACGUCACUGUCCUUCCAACUCUUCACUCAGAAUCCAGCCACCUACUCGUCGGAUACUAUCUCAUCGUUGUGUCUCUACUGAAGAUGUUCAAUCUUUUGGAAUUGUUCUGCUGA